AUGGCUUUAUUAAUUGUAGUUAUUAUCUAUCUUGUGAUUAUUCUUGCUACUUCCCAGUCUUGCCAGGCCCCUGAUGACUUUGUGGCUGCCACUUCUCCAGGACACAUCAUGAUUGGAGGUUUGUUCGCCAUUCAUGAAAAAAUGUUGUCCUCAGAAGAACAUCCCAGACGACCUCAAAUUCAGAAGUGUGUUGGCUUUGAAAUAUCAGUCUUUCUUCAAACUCUUGCCAUGAUACACAGCAUUGAGACAAUCAAUAAUUCAACACUGUUAUCUGGAGUCAAACUGGGGUAUGAAAUCUAUGACACUUGUACAGAAGUCACAGUGGCAAUGGCAGCCACUCUAAGGUUUCUUUCUAAAUUCAACUGCUCUAGAGAAACUGUGGCGUUUCAGUGCGACUAUUCCAGCUAUGUGCCAAGGGUUAAAGCUGUCAUAGGUGCUGGCUACUCAGAAAUAACUAUGGCUGUCUCCAGGAUGCUGAACUUACAGCUCAUGCCACAGGUGAGUUAUGAAUCAACCGCAGAAAUCCUAAGUGACAAAAUGCGCUUCCCUUCAUUUUUACGUACUGUACCCAGUGAUUUCUAUCAAACUAAAGCAAUGGCCCACCUGAUUCAGAAAUCUGGAUGGAACUGGAUUGGCAUCAUAACCACAGAUGAUGACUAUGGACGAUUGGCUCUCGACACUUUUGCAAUUCAGGCUGCAGCAAAUAAUGUGUGCAUUGCCUUCAAAGAGGUUUUCCCAGCUGUUCUUUCAGCUAACACCAUCGAAGUCAGGAUCAAUCAGACACUUGAGAAAAUAAUUGCAGAAACUCAGGUUAAUGUCAUUGUGGUAUUUCUGAGGAAAUUCCAUGCUUUCAGUCUCUUCCAUAAAGUCAUUGAAAGGAAUAUAAAUAAGAUCUGGAUUGCUAGUGAUAAUUGGUCAACUGCUGCCAAGAUCAUCACCAUUCCUGACAUUAAAAAGAUUGGCAAAGUCGUGGGCUUUACCUUUCGAAGAGGGAAUAUGUCCUCUUUUCAUUCCUUUCUUCAAACUCUGCAUAUGUAUCUCAAUGAUAACAAUAAACCCCUACGUGAAUAUGCCAUGCUUUUUUCUGCCUGUGAGCAUGUUAAAGACAGUGAAUUGAGUAAAUGCAUUUCCAACUAUUCUCAGGAGAGUUUGACCUACGAAGCUAACAUGAAUGAAAAGAGUAUCUUCAUGAGAAACGACUUCCUUGGGCAGUAUUCAGAGCCAGGACUCAUUCACAGCAUCCAGCUUGCAGUGCUUGCCCUUGGUUAUGCCAUUCGGGAUCUGUGUCGAGUUCGAGACUGCCAGAACCCCAGCACCUUUCAACCAUGGGAGUUACUUGAUGUGCUGAAAAAUGUAACAUUCACUAAUGGAAGGAAUUCAUUUCAUUUUGACACUCAUGGGGACUUGAACACUGGGUAUGAUGUUGUGCUGUGGAAGGAGAUUGAUGGCCACAUGACUAUUGUAAAGAUGGCAGAAUAUGACCUGCAGAAUGAUGUCUUCAUCAUCACAAACCAAGAAACAAAAAAUGAGUUCUGGAAACUUAAGCAAAUUCUAUCUAAAUGCUCCAAAGAAUGCAGUCCAGGACAAAUGAAGAAAACUACAGGAAGUCAGCACAUCUGCUGCUAUGAGUGUGUGAGCUGUCCUGAAAACCACUACAGUAACCAGACAGAUAUGGAUCGCUGCCUUUUAUGCAACAACAAAACUCACUGGGCCCCUGUAAGAAGUGCUAUGUGCUUUGAAAAGGAAGUGGAGUAUCUCAACUGGAACGACUCCUUGGCUAUCCUGCUUGUGGCACUCUCCCUACUGGGAAUUACGUUAGUUCUGGCCAUUGGCAUAAUAUUUACAAGAAAUCUGAACACUCCUGUUGUGAAAUCAUCUGGGGGAUUAAUGGUCUGCUAUGUGAUCCUCCUCUGCCAUUUCCUCAACUUUGCUAGCACAGGCUUUUUCAUUGGAGAACCACAAGACUUCACAUGUAAAACCAGGCAGACACUAUUUGGCGUGAGCUUUACUCUCUGUGUCUCUUGCAUUUUGAUGAAGUCCCUGAAAAUUUUGCUAGCUUUCAGCUUUGAUCCAAAAUUGCAGAACUUCCUGAAGUGCCUAUAUAAACCAGUCCCCAUUGUCCUCACUUGCACUGGCAUCCAGGUGGUCAUUUGCACACUGUGGCUCAUCUUUGCAGAACCUGCUGUGGAGGAGAAUAUCUCCUUGCCCAGAAUCAUUAUCCUGGAAUGUGAGGAGGGAUCCAUACUUGCAUUUGGCACCAUGCUGGGCUAUAUUGCCAUCCUGGCCUUCAUUUGCUUCAUAAUUGCCUUCAAAGGGCGGAAACUACCUGAGAAUUACAAUGAAGCCAAGUUCAUAACAUUUGGCAUGCUUAUUUACUUCAUAGCUUGGAUCACAUUCAUCCCUGUGUAUGCUACCACAUUUGGCAAGUAUUUGCCAGCUGUGGAGAUUAUUGUCAUUUUAAUAUCCAACUAUGGGAUCUUGUGUUGUACAUUCUUUCCCAAGUGCUAUGUUAUCCUUUACAAACAAGAGACUAACACAAAAUCAGCCUUUCUCAAGAUGAUUUAUAGUUACUCCUCUCAUAGUGCAGACAGCCUGGCCAUGAGUCAUGUUUCAAUGGACUCCAUUAAUGACAAUAUCACAAUGACCAAUCCCAGCCUUGGUGACAAGUCUGCAGCCUUGCAGAAAGACAAAGAUCUUCAAGAACAAACACUUGCACACAUAUGCAGAGAAAAUUCUGCAAAUGUGUCUAAAACUUUGCCUCGGAAAAGAAUUUCAAGUAUAUGA